UGUAGUUAGGUAGCGCUGCUCCGCCCUCUGCAAACUGCCAGCAGCUGCAGCUAGCAGCAGAGCAAAUGUUCAUUUGGAUGCACACAUUGAAUGAAAGUCAGUGUAGGAGGCUGUAGUCAGCAGCAACUAACAAUAUCUGCACUAGGUGAAGUUAUCGCACAGUGUAGAUUGUAGGCACUCAGCUUCACAGGGCAAGCAGAGACACGCCUAUACCUUGGAAAAAUCCAGGUUGGAGAUAUUUGUGGCAGGGGAAGGAGCAGGCGGUGUGAGGUAAUGCAGCGGGUCACGGCGCAGCUCGUCGCCGGGCUGGUCGCAGCGGUGCUGUCGCUGCUGUCCGAGCAGUCCUGGGCAGAUGGUGGGGGGCCCAGCCUCUCUGAACGGGUUAUCUGGGCUGUAAAUGCCGGGGGCGACGCGCAUGUAGAUGUGCACGGUAUUCACUACAAAAAGGACCCACUGGAAGGGAAACUUGGUAAAGCGUCUAAUUAUGGGAUGCGUCUGCCAAUACUACGGUCCAAUCAGGAGGACCAGAUUUUGUACCAGACAGAGCGCUACAAUGAAGACAGCUUUGGAUAUGACGUCCCCAUUCGUGAAGAAGGAGAGUAUAUACUGGUUAUGAAGUAUGCAGAAGUUUACUUUGCUCAGUCACAGCAAAAGGUGUUUGAUGUUCGUCUAAAUGGCCACGUGGUGGUGAAGGACCUGGAUAUAUUUGAUCGAGUAGGACACAGUACUGCUCAUGAUGAGAUCGUGCCCUUCUCUAUUAGACGGGGCAAGCUGAGCGUGCAGGGAGAGGUGUCCACUUUCAAUGGCAAGCUCACUGUGGAGUUUGUAAAGCCAGUUGAUGUACCAAAGCUUCAACCUCACCCUGGCUUAGAGAAGCCUGAGGACGAUGACGACGACGAUGAUGAGGGUGAAGUAGGCGAGGAAGGUGGGAAGAAAAAGCCCCCAAAAGGUACCCAUCACAGGGUCCAGUCGGGCCCCCGAACACCAAACCCAUACGCCGCUGACAACAGCAGCCUAAUGUUUCCCAUCCUCGUUGCGUUUGGGGUGUUCAUCCCAACACUGUUCUGCCUCUGCCGGCUGUGAGCUAAAACUAUCUACUAACGAGACGGACACGGGACUGUGAAGAAAGGGAGGAGGAGAAUGAGGGGGGGAGGGGGUCAUGGUGGUAACAGCAGCACAGGUAAAACAUACACACAGGAGAGGGCUGGACAAGGAAGUACACAAAGAAGACAAUAACUUUUGGAAGACCCACUGCAAGACGAAGCAGAUGCUGUAAGAAUGGGGGGGAAGGAGAUGUGGGAAGUGUAUGCUGUGCGCUUCUCUGUGAAUUUGUUUGCAUCCACCUCUGCUGACCCUUUUGAACAGUGUUAGCCAUUUCCACACCAGUCCUUCAAAGGCUGGAAAAAAAAAAACAUUUCGGCAUUAAAAGGAUGCUCGGGAGUGUUUGGUCCGGGACGGUUUUUGUAAACUAACAAGCAUUGCUUUGUACGGGGCGUAGCAAGAAUGCACUCCUGCUCAGCAUCUGGCCAGACAUGUUACUUUCAAAUUGGAAAUGGUACUGCUGAGAAUUUGAUUAAAUAGAACUAACUAUCAAACGUCACGGUUAAUGGAAAUGCAGUUGUCAUCUGAGAGACAAGUGCAGAGAUGGAAUAUUCGUAUCUUUCUGUUCUAGUUGGUCCUUUUUUGUUGACGUGCCAUCUUCUACCUGCCAUGUUGAAAUAUCAGAAAGUCCUUUGCAAACCGGUGGGCUAACUUGCUGUCUAAGUCGCCUUGCCUUUACAUAAAUGUAGGUCGGGUUUCAGAAAUGCGUCUGUGUGCAGUGAUGAACAUCUUUGGUAUUGUUCCACCAAAUACUGAAUCAGGGCCAUCAAAAAUGUCCUCAUCUGUGAUAACAAAUU